AUGCAAGACGAUAAAUCAUCAAUUCCCGAAGGUGUCGUUGCUGAUGAAGAAACAAAUCCAACUAUUCCAGGACAUGAAUCCACCAUUGAACAAAAUCCUUCUUCAACGGAGGAGAGCAAAAUGACCUAUCCAACACUCCACAAAAGUUUGAAGAAAUCUUUCAGUCAAAUUGUGUCUUGUGGAGGAAGUUUUGUUUGUUCUGAUAAGUUUGAUGGUGUGACACUUCCUGGAUUGGAAUUACUUGUUUCUGCUGCUCAAGAUUCUGAUAAGAAAUAUAAAGCAAUGCCCUUUCCGAUUGUUUAUAAAGAGCAAGCUGAUGAAAUUAUUAGAAUUGCAAAGAAAUCACCUUAUGGAAAGGGAGAGGAAACAAUUUAUGAUGACAAUGUGAGAAAUUCCUAUGAAUUGGAACCAAAUCAAUUUAGAAUUACAAAUACAAUGUGGCAAAAAGAAUUAAAUCAAUUAUUGGAAACAAAAAUUAAAAGUGGACUGGGAAUUGACAAGUACAAGAAUGUGGAAUGUAAAUUGUACAAAUUACUAUUGUAUGAAAAAGGAGGACAUUUUGAAUAUCACAAAGAUUCUGAAAAAGAAUGUAAACAAACAUGCACAUUGGUUAUUAUUUUACCAUCCAUCUUUGAAGGAGGAGAAUUCAAAAUCAAACACAAUGAUUAUGAAAUGGAAAUUGCCACAACAAAUGAUUAUGCAACUGAUUGUCAUUUCAUUUCAUUUUACUCUGAUUGUGAUCAUGCUGUUAUGCCACUCACAAGUGGAUACAGAACUUGCCUUAUCUAUAAUAUUAUUGUAACAACUCAUCAAGAAAAUCAGCAAUUAUCCAUUGCAGAUAAUCAUGUACAUUCUGAAAAUGUAAGAGAACAAUUAUCAGAGUGGUUGAAAACUGAUUUGUCCAAGAAACCAUUAGUUUAUUUGCUGGAACACGAAUAUACAACAGAAAGUUUAGUUUUUGGAUGUGAAAAUUUGAAAGGAAAUGAUUACAAAAUUUAUUCUGCACUCAAAGCAUCCAAAUUGCCAUUGCUCUUGUUUCCAUCUUUCUUUACAAAACGUGUUAAUGAAGGGUUUAGUGAUGAUGAUUUCUUUGAAGAGGGAGUGUUUUUAACCAUCUCUAAAAUGUACUUUGAUGAAAAGGCAAUACUUUCCGAUGUCUCUGUUUCGCCAUCUCAGGUUUUUUCAUUUCCAGGAAAAGAUAUGAAAGAUAUGAAACUAACAAAGUCAACUGAACAUCAAACAGGAAAUUAUGGAACUCAAUCAUCUAAAUGGUAUCAAAAAACAUGCUUGAUCAUUUCUUCUAAUCAAUUUAGUUCAAUUGUGGAGCUAGGAUUUAAUUUUGGUAUGAACUACUUUGAAUUUCUUUCUAAAGCUGAAAGUGAGCAGAUUAACGAAUUUUAUGAAUCAUUUACAAAGGAAGAAUGGAAAUUACCAUACAGACAUACUAUUAGCAAGCAAGAGAUGUUCGUAAUGACAUUAAUUAAAACUGGCAAGAAAGAUUUGACCAAAAAAUUCCUUGAGGAAGAGUGUAGCUCGGCCUCAAUCACAGCAAAAGCUUUAAAACAAUGUUUGAAUGUAUUUGAAGACCAAGAGUUUAAACAGAUUGUUUUUCAAUAUUGUAUUGAUAGUUUAACAAAUCUUGAACACGGACAUAAGCUUGAUAUUGAUGAAUACUUGGAAGCACUAGAGCCCCAAUUAAAACACUGCAAAGCUCAAUAUUUUCCUCUUUGUGACACUUAUAUGUGUGAGGAAUUUGUAAAAGGUACAAUAGAAUUCUACUUUAACAAUGAUUAUAAUAGAGGUUUACAACUCAUUCAAAAGUAUGGAUACAAUACAUUUGAUCCAAAUAAGGUUUUUUCAGUUUUGAACCCAUCCCAUUAUUUUGAAAAUUACAAAAAAGAUAUUGAAGACAAUGAGUUGAAAUUGUUCUAUUCUGGAUUUAGAAAAUACAUGAUUGAAAAACGAUUACUUGAUAACCGAUCUGAGAGAGAAGUAGUUCUCAAACAUUUACUCGAAAAAGAAGAGUAUGAAACUCUCUUGCAUACUUUGAAAACCUAUAAUAAGAAUGUCAUUAGUAAUAUUUAUAUUUUGGAUAGAUUUCUAAAGAAUUUCAAACCAAUAGUUGAUAAUACUAUAUUGCAACAAUGGAUUAAUAUAACGCAAAUGUGUAUCUCCUCUAUUAAGGGAGGCUUGUCUAGAAGCUAUAUUGAAAUAUUAACCUACAAACUUCCUCACACUUUGCCAUGCACUUGUGAGCUGUGUGCAUCUGUACAAAAGUUUUUAAAGAGUUCUAAAGACUCCUUUUCCAAAAUUGGAGUUUCUAAAACAAGCUAUGAUCACGUGAAAAGUUAUUUGGAAAAAUUAGAACGUUUGAGUCAAUAUUGGUCAAAUGAAAAAUUAACGAUUAACAAGAGUGGUUAUUCUAGCAAAUAUAGUGAAAAUAUUAUGAGAUAUGCUUUAGAAAACCUCAAUGAAUUAUUACAAUUUUUGAUCCACCACCAAACUGAUAAAGACUCUAGACCUCAAUUUAGCUUUACAAGAAUUACAGCAUCUAGCCCAGCUGGAGAAGAGAGUGUAAAAAGAGAAGCAGAACGGGUAGAGAAAGAGAAGAAAGAAAGACUCGAAAGGGAAGAAGCCAAAAAAAGAGAAGCAGAAGAAAAGCUACUUCAAAAGAAAAAAUUGGAAGAAGAAGCUCUGCUUAAAAAGAAAAAACGAGAGGAACAAAGAUUACUCAAAAAGAAACAAAAAGAAGAAGAAAAUAGACUCAAGAAAGAAAGAGAGGAAGAAGAUAAAGAACUUCGUAAAGUUGAAAAAGAGUUAAAGAAGAGGAAGAAGGAAGAGAUAAAAAAGGAGCAGCCAACACCAGCCAGCUCAAGUCAAUCCAGCUCAACAAUUAAUACUCAAUCACAUACUGUACAAGGUACCAAUUCAGCAAUUCAAACACAACCAAUAGUUCCACAGCUUACAUGUCAACUGGGAACAGUUUAUUCUCAAAUGCAGGGUAUGCCACUUGUUCCAAUCUCAGGUAAUCUUAUCCCACCUAACUUGGUUAAUUUAAAUACUUUUUUUAAAAUGAAGAAUGACAUCCAAUUAUCCCAAUACUUUAGCACGGCUAUGAUUUGGACACCAUUAUCUACACCUCCAGAGCUGAUCACUUUAUCUGCUAAUUGGGUUUCUCAAUAUUUAUGCACUGCUGUACAAAUUUCACCUAGUCUUUACUUUUUGUUGAUGCCAAUUCAAAGAUAUUUUCAAACUUCCCCAACUGAUUUGCGUUUCAUUUCUAUUGUCACAGAUUUGAAAGGAAUUCAAAUGAUACUUGCUCCAAUAGUUAAAAAAGAAUAGUUUUCAACACAGAUGUUUACAUUUAAUUAAGGAUGAUGACAGGUAUAAUAAAGGAAUAGUCCAAUAAUUAUCCC